AUGCCGUAUGGGUCGAAAAAAGCACAGGAGUUAAGGGGGAUGUCUUUGGCUGAUGUUGCUUUGGAGGUUCAUGAGUUCUUGCAGACUGCAACUAACAAAGAGCAUUUCCUGGAGCUGAUAGAUUGGGUGGCAGAAAAACGGCCACAACCACUGAUAUCGAAGGCAUUUGCCGGUGAAGAGAUGUCAGUGAUGGUGUCAGCAGGACAAAGGUUUCACACCAUGGACAGAAGCGAUGGAAAUUAG